AUGGCUGGUUUCAAACGGUUGACUCGCUUUCAAACGAAUGGCAGAGCAUACUACGGCGAGCUGCUUGAGACCAAGGACAAUAAGUAUGUCGUCCAGCGACUAGAUGGUUGUCCAUACGAUAAGCUGGCCCCGACAGAGGAGUACUACACAGUAGAUACUCUAUUACAACCGAUCGAGAGUACACCUCUUAUCGUCUGCAUCGGUCUGAACUACAAGGAGCACGCCAAGGAAGCUAACCUUGUCUACCCGAUCUACCCAGCGGUCUUCACCAAGCCUGCCGACGCACUCGCAGGCCCCUUCGAGAGUAUUCCAAUCCACCCGGAUGCUCAGUCCUUCCUCGACUAUGAGGGCGAAUUGACUGUGGUAAUUGGAAAAGAUGCUCUGAAUGUCUCCGAGGAAUCAGCACUGGACUAUGUCCUGGGCUACACAGCCGGCAACGAUGUCUCCGCUCGGAAUUUCCAAGUUCCAGAAGCAUCAGGAGGCCAAUAUUGCUAUGCUAAAUCGUUUGAUAAGUUUGGUCCGAUCGGACAUACCAUUGUUUCUGCGGAGCAGAUCCCGGAUCCGCAAGCUCUGUGGUUACGCACACGGGUCAACGGAGUAGUCAAGCAAGAGACUAGCACGGGGGAUAUGAUAUUCGGGGUGAGGAAGAUUAUUAGUCAUUUGUCGCGGGGUACUACGUUAAGAAAGGGUAGCGUUAUCAUGACUGGAACACCGUCAGGCGUGGGCUAUUUCCGGAAGGAGCCGUUGCAAGAUGGGGAUAUUGUGGAGAUUGAGUUGGAGGGGGUAGCGACUGUCCGAAGUCAGAUGAAAUAUCUCUAG